CCGUUGCCCUGGUGACGCUCCCGGCGGCGCAGCGGCGUCGUCUCGUUCUCCGCACGGAGCGCCUGACCGGCCGCGGUUGGCGGCCGCGGGAUUUCAGAGUGGAGGGUUGGCCGACCUCCGGAGGCGGCCGGGCAGGCGGGGGCUCCGGGAGAGUCUGGGGUGAACGGAGUCAGCGAGGGACCAGGAGCUGCUCGCUGCCUCAGAUGGGGCGGAUCUUGGGCUGCCUCCCACGUCCCUUGAUUGAAAAGGGGCAGGAGUUGUGCAAGGAGGGAGCUUUGAAAACAGAUAAGACACUGUGGAAAGUACAAUGUCAGAAAAUACUGAAGGAAUUGAAAAAGAAAUAGAAAUUGAAUUAGGCAGAAUCAGCGUUACGUCCUUUGAAGCAGAUGAUCCUGACACAGAGGUAUCAGACGAACCCUUGAGUGACAGUGAGACAAUUUCAGAUGGCUUACCAGAAUCAGUUCUCUCCUAUUUAAACUUUAUCAAGAGCAGCAAUCAAGAUGCUGAAAAGCUUAUACUGCAAGACUUAGAAGAUGAACAAACUACAGAUGACAUUUAUGGAGUAGUUUCUUGUCAUACUUCUGAAUCAAAUGAAGAUCCAGAACAAUUUAAAGAAAAGAUACUGUCUGAAAUUGAAAACGAAGUCUUGCAGAUUACUACAACACCUAGUUAUAGUCAAUCCACCAGUGAUGAACUGGUCACUGAUGACCACUUACUUACAGCUGGUCUUGAAAUGAGCAUAAGCCUUGCUCAUCAUGAAGUAGAAGAAAAGUGUAGACAAGAACUUGAACUUGAAGAUCAGAAGAGGAAAAAGUGGAAGGCUGAGAGAGAAUUACGGGAAAAACAAAAUGAAGAAGAACACGCAAGAAGGGUACAGCACCUGGAGCAAUUUGAGGCUGAAAGAGUAAAGUUAGACCUUCUUCAUAAGAAACGCCAAGCUGCAAUAGAAAAUGAGCUACAGAAAGAAAAAAAAGCUUGGAGAGACAAAAUGAUGCAGCAAGAGGAAUUGAUCAUGAAGCUACAGUUGCAAAUGGAAGAGGAGAAAAAGGCCUUGGAAGAGCAGAAAGCAAAAGAGAGACAUCAAUUGGCUGAAAAACAGAAUAUAGCUACUGUGAAAAUCCAAGCUAGAUUUAGAUCAUUUUUAGUCCGUAAAAAAUAUGCUCCCAUCUUAAAAGAAUGGAAAUAUGAAAUGAGAAAGAAGCAGAAAAUGCUAGAAGAAAUAGAGAGAGAAAGGAAAGAAAGAGAGGAAAAACUGAAGAGACUAAUGGAGGAAAAUAGACUUAAGAGAGAAGAGGGAAAAAAGAGACAAGAAGAACUUGAAAGACAAGAAUAUUUGGAACAGGUGAAGAGGCAUGAGGAAUAUGAGAAAAAGAAAGAAAACCUGAGACUGGAAAGAGAAAAGCAACUGCAAAUAAAAAGAGAAGAACAGACAAAACUAGGACAAAAGAUAGUAAAAGCUGUGAUGAGUGCAAGUGGAGAAAAUAACAAGGAAAACAUAAAAAAUUAUAAUCACACAGAAAAUACAAAAGUAAUAAGAGAAAAAAAUAAGCAACUAAAUAAGCAAGGGGAACAACAAAAAGAAAAACGUGUUGAAAUGAUGGAUGAAACAAAUAAUUGGAUGAUUCCGGUAGAAAGAAAUUUGACACCAACACAAAGUAUGCUAGGCUCUGAGAAGGAACAUUCUUCUCAGGUAAAUAAUGAGAAUAUAUAUGUGAAUCCAGUAACACAAAUAGAAGAAAAUUACUCACAAACUAGCUAUCUUAAUGAAGCUCCAAAUAAUCAUACUUCAAAGAAUGAAUCUCUUAACUUUGGAGCUAAUGACAUGGUAGAAAAUAAGGCAAACUGCAUAUGCAGCAGUCCACCAGAUGACCAACCAAAUGCUAGUAAUAGAGAAAUUGAAGAUCAAUCUUCUCAGUAUGAAACAACGAAGAAAACUGUGUGUCUAGUGGAAAAUGCUAAUGAGGAAGUCAGAGACACCUUGAACAAAAUUCAAGAUGUAGCAGAGUAUUCCAGUAAACUAAUUUUUCCUGAUGGUAUUGAAAAGAAGAGAAUAAACUGGAUGAACACAUGUAAAUCUUGGUCUAAAAUAUAUGAAGAAAACCAAAGAAAGCAAGCAACUAUAAAAAAACGACCAAGGAAGAGUUCAGUUAGCAAGAUGCCUCCAUUAAGUGCAGAAAAGAUAAUUCAUAGUGGCCCUUGGAGCACCUUGCAGCAGGUUACAACACUUAUGCUUGAAGAUUUGCCAGCUUGUAGCCUCUCAACGUUAUCUGAGUGUUCAAAUCUUCAAGUUUUGGCUCUGAGGCGCUGUGGACUAGUUUCACUGGAAGGACUAAGUAGCUGCAAAGACCUUAAGUAUAUCAAUGUGGAGGAGAACAACAUUCAGAUAAUUGACUGUGAAAAUCUAGAAAAUCUUUGUAUUCUCAUUCUGAAUAAGAACCAUCUUUCAUCAGUUUGUGGCUUAGAUGGCUGCAAAAAUCUUCAAAAUCUUGAACUUUCCUACAAUAGAAUCACUCGAUUUGAUGGUCUGAAGUCACUGAAAAAUCUUCAGCAAUUAACUGUGGACCAUAAUCAGUUAAUCAGCACAAAAGGUCUUUGUGAGGUGCCUACUCUCAUUUACCUAGACUGCUCUUUUAAUCAUCUCACACAAGUUGAAGACAUUGAGAAUUGUGGCCUUCUUCAAGUUCUGAAGUUGCAAGGCAAUAAUCUCCAGGAGCUUCCAAGACUGGAAAAUCAUGUUCUACUAAGAGAACUAUAUUUGGAUGACAAUAGCAUUUCUGCUGUGGGAAUGCUUUCUUUUUACUGGUUGCCUCUAUUGCAGAUUCUUUUUCUGUCUCAAAAUAGAUUAACUGAGCUUGUGCCUUUAAAUUCAUUUGUAUCUUUGGAAAAGCUGAAUAUCAAAAAUAACUGCUUGUCAGAUCUUGAAGAUGUCCUUACAUGGUUAAGUGGUUGUGAUAAACUGAAGGAGUUGUCAUUCAGUGGAAAUCCUCUUCUUCAAGAAAGGAACUGGAGAUCUUCCUUGUUUAAGGUUCUUCCUAGUUUACAGUCUCUUGAUGGUGAAAUCUUAACUUAUCAUACUUUACCAACAACUGAAAUAAUCAAAGAAUCAGAAUUAAGAACUUUUCUGGAACUUUGUCAAGCUCAAAUUGAAGAAAAUAUUCAACUGAAAAAAAAGGCUGCUGAAUUGGAAUGCCAGUUUAUGCUUAAAACUUGGUUGUAUCAUAACCAAGAAGCAGUUCCAGAAGAUUUAAUGUGACCAGACCCCUUGACCGAUAGUACGGGAAAAGAUCUGAAAGGCAAACAAUGAAUUUAAAUUAACUGAAAAGGAAAUACUGUGGUAUCAAAAGUCUUAAUGCUGUCAUAUUUCUUACCUUGUCUUCUCUCUUUCCUUGUAUGUAUGUUUUUUCUAUUAAAGAAGUAAAACAG